AUGGCUUUUGAAUCCAGCUUCUCGAUUCGUAAUCUGUUAGCAAACAAUGAUGGUACCAAUCCAGCGUUGACACCACCACGAUCUGAUAAAUCCAUGUCACCGAACAAUUCGAUGUCGUCUAACGAAGAGAACUGUGGAAGUCGGCCCAACUAUACAUAUAGUGCUUUGGUGACCAUGGCGAUUCGCAGCAGUCCUGAGGCCAAACUUACUUUGAGUGCUAUACAGAACUGGAUAAGUGAAAACUUCCCGUACUACCGUAAAGAUGAGCAGGGCUGGCAGAAUCAGAUAAGACAGACACUGAGCAUGAACUCAUGCUUUUGCAAAAUUCCACGAGCUAUGAAUGAUCCUGGACGUGGAAAUUAUUGGGCUCUUAGUCCACAAGUGGAUGCAAUUCAAGCCCAGCAGCCGGUUGUUGGCAGUAAGGCAGUGCUUGGGGCGAUGGUGAAUGGUGUACCGCAUCCUCAGGUUCCUAAAUCGGUGUACUUCCCCACACCGCACGAGGUGCAGGGAGCCCAUAAAGCCAUGUUGGCUCAGGCGGUACAGGAACAGCAUGCCUGGUAUCAAUAUCACCUGCAACAAUCGCAACUUCUAGAACAGCAACUGAUAAACCUGCAGCAACAACAGAUUCAACAGUACGAGGAAGUCUAUCAAAAGUUUAUUUUCCACCAACAACAAAUUGCUUUUUUAGCGGCUAAGCAAAUAUCAGCUUAA